AUGGGAAAAAGAAGGUCAGGUCGGCGCCGUUAUGGCUCCAAGCUGCGUCGGAUUAGUUUUACGCCUGAUCAACUGAAUGCUUUAGGCCAUGAAUUCACGCUCAAUCCAUAUUGUCCUGGCAAAAGGGGUAUCGCUAUUGCUAGUAAAAUUAAUGUAUCUAGCAAACAAGUUAGCACAUGGUUUCAAAAUAAACGAGCCAAAGAGAAAAGGGUAACUUUAAAUAAUUUGAACGGCAGUAGUGCUCUCGGCGACUAUGAUUCGUCCACGUCGUCAUCUUCAAAUAAUCCCAAUAUAACUGUUAGCGAAGAAGAAGGCAGCAAUGCUACUUUUAAUACGCAAACUAGCCAAGCUCCAUUCUCGUCAGUAACCAAGAUUUGA